GAAAACUGCUCGAGACUGGUCGAUUGUCGCCAAACGAAUACGACGGGUCCACAACGGUCAUGCCCGUGCACAUAAAUUGUCAUGAUCAAGAUGGUCUUCUCUCCACUGUAUUGCAUGCAUAUGCGUCGAUAUCGUUACAUCACCCACUAAACCGAGUCAUUCAACCGGAGGAUAUUUGUUUCAAAGAGUAAUUUCGCCAAGCCUUUACGAAAUAUCCGCUUGAGAUGCAUCGGUAGUUGGCAGUGGCCUCGGGGUCGGGCCCUUGAAGGUCCCCGUCAUAUGAACUUCGGGCCUUCGGGCGGCACUAACUGCAGAUCAUCUACGCCACUACAGAUUCAGUUCUGUCGAUCAUAUAUCAGAUCUUGAAGUAUAAAAUUUGUACAUCAUGAGAAGGACAUCUAUUCAUCAAGCUUAGGACAGGAUAGUUCUACAGUGAUCUCUCAUGUCGUCCUAUCUAGAUCUCCUUCUGGGCAGCCCCCAGUAUGCCAUCUUUUGCGGUGUCACUUUAUUCACUCUCUUCGUCAUAAGAUACUCUUUACUCGGCCAUGUUACAAAGUUUCCGGUCUUGAAUCCGAAAAAGUCACUCGAGCUCACAAGCAACCGUGUAACUCAGGACUUCAUUGCCGACAGCAAAAAUAUUCUCACAAAUGGCAGGGCUAUAUACAAGGACCAGCCAUAUAGAGCUUAUACGGACUGGGGGAAAGUCGUCGUGAUUCCUCCUAAGUUUCUCGAUGCGCUGAAAAGCCAUAAGCAGCUAGACUUUACAAUUCCUGCUGAAGAUGACUCUCACGCAUAUGUUCCAGGAUUUGAUCCUUUUGUUUCUGACCCAAACAUUACGAAAGUUGUUACCAAGUACUUGACCAAAUCUUUAACCAAGCUCACAUCACCACUCUCGGAGGAGGCAUCUUUGGCCUUCCGUCAAGUUCUUACGGACUCCACUGAAUGGCAUGAAAUGCACCCUCAACAUGAUAUCGUCCGUAUCGUAUCGCGUAUGUCAUCACGAGUAUUCAUGGGCGAAUCCCUCUGCCGCGACGACGAAUGGGUCAGAGCCAGCGGUGACUAUACCGUUCAAUCCUUCAAGACGGGCGACAUUCUGCGGACAUAUCCUCGAUGGUCACGACCCUUUGUACAUUGGUUUCUUCCAUCUUGCUGGACACUGCGCAAGAAAUUGGCUGAAGCAAUCCAAUGUCUAAAACCUCAUCUUGAACGUCGCAGCGUUAUUUCAGCAGAGGCCGAAGCACAGGGAAAGCCCUCGCCGUUCGACGAUUCAAUUGAAUGGUACAAGAAAGAAGGCUCUACACGCAACCCGGCACUCCUACAAAUCUCGUUGUCACUCGUGGCUAUUCACACAACGUCAGAUUUAUUGAUGGAAACGCUUUUCAAUAUUGCUCAGCAUCCUGAUUUAUUCCAACCUCUUCGCGAAGAAAUCACGAAUGUGUUGAACACAGAGGGUCUCAAGAAGACAGCCCUAUAUAACUUGAAGCUCAUGGACAGUGUCAUCAAAGAGUCUCAGAGAUUGAGACCAGUCUUACUAGGCUCCUUCAGGAGGCAGGCUAUGGCAGACAUCACCCUUCCAAAUGGCGAUGUGAUCAAAAAAGGAGAAAAGAUUGUCUGCGAUACAACUCACAUGUGGAACGGCGAUUACUAUGAAGAAGCUGCAAAAUUCGACGGCUAUCGGUUCUUGCGAAUGCGGGAGGCAUCUGAGCAGGACAAGCAUCCGCAUCUUGUCAGCACUAGCUUUGAUCACUUAGGAUUUGGCCAUGGCAAUCAUGCGUGCCCAGGACGAUUCUUCGCGGCGAAUGAGAUCAAGAUCGCGCUGUGUCAUAUGCUCUUGAAGUAUGAUUGGAAGUUGGCCGAUGGUGUAGUUCCUAAGCCAUCAGGUUUUGGGAUGGCUUAUUUGCCUGAUCUCCAAGCUAAGCUACUUAUCAGACGACGGACUGAGGAGUUGAAUAUUGAUUCUAUCGAGACUUAUUAGAGUGUUGCGAGCUCGAGGCUGGUUACUCUUUAAGUUGAUUAUAUGAGGACAAAGGCAACAAAUGGGCUUUAUCCUCAUGGAAUGCUUUUUGCAGGAAUACGAG